GGGAAAUGGUAGCGAAUUGAGGAAUGCAGUUGAACAGAGGGAUCUAGGAAUAACUGCAUAGUUCCCUGAAGGUGGAAUCUCAUGUAGAUAGGGUGGUAAAGAAAUCUUUUGGUGUGCUGGCCUUUAUAAAUCAGAGCAUUGAGUAUAGAAGUUGGAAUGUAAUGUUAAAAUUGUACAAGGCAUUAGUGAGGCCAAUUCUGGAGUAUGGUGUACAAUUUUGGUCACCAAAUUAUAGGAAAGAUGUCAACAAAAUAGAGAGAGUAGAGAGGAGAUUUACUAGAAUAUUGCCUGGGUUUCAGCAACUAAGUUACAGAGAAAGGUUGAACAAGUUAGGUCUUUAUUCUUUGGAGCACAGAAGGUUAAGGGGGGACUUGAUAGAAGUCUUUAAAAUGAUGAGAGGGAUAGACAGAGUUGACGUGGAUAAGCUUUUCCCACUGAGAGUAGGGAAGAUUCAAACAAGAGGACAUGAUUUGAGAAUUAAGGGACAGAAGUUUAGGGGUAACAUGAGGGGGAACUUCUUUACUCAGAGAGUGGUGGCUGUGUGGAAUGAGCUUCCAGUGGAAGUGGUGGAGGCAGGUUCGAUUUUAUCAUUUAAAAAUAAAUUGGAUAGGUAUAUGGACGGAAAAGGAUUGGAGGGUUAUGGUCUGAGUGCAGGUAGAUGGGACUAGGUGAGAAUAAGUGUUCGGCACGGACUAGAAGGGCCGAGAUGGCCUGUUUCCGUGCUGUAAUUGUUAUAUGUUUAUAGCUUUACUUUCCUUAUCACAUGUUCUUUAUAUUCUUCAUCUAGCAAAUCAUUCAGUUACUUUCACUUAGUAUUGAAUUGUACAAAGGUUGAUCUGGCCUAGGAAGUAAAACAGUGUUUCUUACAAUAACCAAACCGUUCAUGGAUAUAAAAUGGUGUAAAGGGGUGAAGCAAGGAUGAACAUUCUGACUCUUUGCAGUGUGGUCUCAUUUAUUUCAGCAUCAGAUACCCUUGAGCUGGAGAUAUUUGCAAGUCCACUGAUGGUAUUUGUAAAUGACAAUGUGACUCUGAAAUGCGUGGUUACUGGGUCUGGAAACGUUGACUUAAAUAAGAUGGCAGUCAUAUGGACCCUUAAUGAGAAAACAGAAGUGUUUUCCUUUGAAGGAGGAACUAAACAGCAAAAUCGAUCUGGUGCCAAUAUUUCUGAGGCUGAAUUACUGAAGGGAAACGCUUCAAUUCAUCUUCCAAAAGUCCAGAUCUCUGACGAAGGAAUGUACACAUGCACUGUGUUUAUCGUCCCUGAAAGUGACAGUCGCUUUUCAACAAUGCACGUGUUAGCUCGACCAAACGUUAUAUUGACACAGUCCAUCACAACUGAGAAAGGUUCAGAAGUUUCUCUGACAUGCAAAGCCAGUGGAUUUUACCCUCGACCGAUAAAGAUCACCUGGGUGAAGAUAACAGGAAGAAGAAAUGUUUCCAUGACUAACUAUACAACUCAAAUCACUGCCAAUGGUGAUCGCACUUUCAAUGCUGAGAGUGAACUGAAGAUUCACCCGACAUUGAAGGAUAAUGGUGAUCAAUACAGAUGCGUUGUGACACAUCAAACAUUACUGAAUGGUCUCACAAUAGAACCUUCUCUCAUCGUGCCAGAACGUGGAAAAACUGGACUGAUUAUCGGAGGCAUCUGUGGCAUCAGCAUAUUUCUCUGUGUUGUGUGCAUAGCAUUUUAUACCUGGAAGAAGAAAUUUAAAGGACAGGUAAAUACAACGGACGUUGAAGACCCAAACCGUACACCACUUAUCGCCAAGACGGGCUCACAAACUGCACGAGGUAAUUGAUUAUGGUGAUUAAUUAUAUCGAAUACAAGAUUCCUAUUCUUCCCACGACACACACAAUUAGAUGAACUUUUAAACCAAGUUUAGAAACAUUAGCACAAAACCACGGGUGCUGUCUGU